ACAGCUGUUCCCUCUGCCACUACAUUUCCCUUUUCUCGUUCAGAACCAAAGCAGAAACACACUCAACUUUCUGACAGUGUGCCAGUGGGAAAAUCAACACAUUGCAGGCGGCCAGUUCUGUGAGGAUGGAAGGCUGGUGCACAGCGGCAGCAAGCGAUCUGGAAAGCUCACAGGAUGUUCUGGCUCAUAGUGAGGGGAACUGAAUGUAAGGGUCGCGAGGUUAUGCUUCAGUUCUAGAGGAGAUUGGUGUUUCCACAUCUGCAGUACUGUACGGUGUUGCUCAACUAUCCUCAUAGAAGGAUGUUAAUGCGUUGGAAACAGUUUAGAGAAGCUGAACGAGUGGCUUUCUAUGUUGUCCCAGUUUCACCUUUGGAAGGAGAGACACUGGAACUGAAUUGUCAGCGCCAAUACUAUUAUUGGUGGACAAAGCAGGACUUUACCUUUUAUAGAAAUGGAAAGAAGAUCCAUUCAAUGAAGUCUACAACAGAUGAAUCUUCAUAUCACAUUAAAGUAAAAAGCACCGGUGACAGUGGAUUGUACAGUUGCAAAAUUGAUGGGUCAGAAUCACAACGUGUUCACGUUCAAGUUCAAGAACGCUUUGCCAAGCCCGUACUGAGGGUGGAGCCGGCGGCUGAAGUAUUUGAGGGGCUCCGGGUCACAUUGACGUGCAUUGCUCGGAGAACACGGCGCUCCAUCUGGCUUCACUACACAUUUUACAGAGAUGGCAGCGCCCUGGAGACAGCGCCGGAUGCUGGCGGUGUGUACAUGAUCAACGCAGCGGCUGCAAACGUUUCUGGGAAUUACGCCUGUGAAGCGAUCGAGACAAAUUCUGAUCUGAGGAAGAGGAGCGACAAUGUUCACAUUUCCGUUAAAGAGGCAUUCGCUGUCCCUAAGCUGACCGUGUAUCCUGAGGGACAGCUAGUUGAUGGUCAAUGGUUUAAGCUGAUGUGCUCGGUUGAAGAGAAUCUCUCCGAAGCUUCCUUGCAGUACGGCUUUUACAGAAAUGGGAUCCCUAUCCAGUCUCCAUCCGACCACAGCAAUUCCAUCUCUGAGCCAGCUCGUCCGGCCGACUCGGGUACUUACCAUUGCGAAGUUACGGGCAGUAAGGUGCGGAAAUGCAGUAAUCAGCUCCAUUUGUCCAUCAGGCGAAUUCCAGUGUCAAAGCCAGAACUAGUAAUUCAAUCAGGAAAGGAGCUAAUCGAAGGAGAUAUGGCAUCCUUAAUCUGUUCAGUCUCCAAUGGCUCUCUGCCGAUUUAUUACCAAUUCUACAAGGGCUCAAGUGUGGAGCUGUACUGGGAGCUUUCCAACAGUACUAAGCUUGUUUAUAACAUUGAAACCAUCAGCAGAAAAGACAAAGGGAUUUACCAUUGCUCGGUGAGAAAUGAGGUGACAGGCCCUUUGCACAGUGAAGACAUAGAGAUCACAGUGAUAGUUCCUGUCUCAGAUGCUGUGCUGAUACCCCGCACCAACGGGACUGAGAUACAGCCCGGGGACCGCCUUGUUCUCCGGUGCCUGGUGAGGGAAGGCACUGAGCCCCAGUUCAUUUGGUACCGAGACAACGUGCCGCUAAGGAACGGCAGUGCGAGCUCCCAUGUGACUGCCGAUGGUGGUGAGCUGGUUAUUCAUUCAUUCCGGAGAGACAGUGUCGGGAGGUAUCACUGUGCAGCGAUCAACACAGGAACCGACGGCACCAUUUUUAACGUGACCAGCGACUACAUCGAAUUCACGCUGCGAGGUAACAGUGACAGUCAGAUCAGACACAGACAGAGCACAGGGAAAGGCCAUUCGCUCCAUCCAGUCCGUGCCAGUCAGAAACAAUUAACCAUCUCAGUUAGGAAGGUGACGUGA